AUGAUUACAAAAGUGCUAUCAUUUUUGCUGGUCGGAUGUGUUGCCCUGUGCUCAGCACGACCUGGUUAUCUUCAUGGCCAUCAUCAUCAUUUGGAUUAUCCUUACUAUGGUCACCAUGAACCAUUACAUGUGGCCAAAUAUGUCCAUGUACCCGCUGCCAUAUCACAUCAAAGCUCCACCGUCAUCCACAGUGCUCCGAUUAUCAAACCUGUCGUGGUGCCCGUUGUCAAACAUGUUGUACCCAUUGUAAAGACAUAUCAUCCGGCACCAAUUAUCAAGACCAUUCAUCCCUUGCCAUUGCACUAUGAUCCUUAUCAUCAUUUCGAUCAUCAUCAUUUCCAUUAAGUGG